GGGACAACAUUCAGGAAGUGAUGACGUUUCGCUUCAGUUGCGGAAGCAGAGUGGACAUUGGCUAUAACGCGUUACUAACUACGACAGCCUGCCGACACCCGUCGUCACAAGAGCCUCGACAGACGACGGGUCCGCCCGGCUGCACCCCCCCGAGCUCGGUACGUGUUCCAGCGGACAGCGCCUCCAUCGAUACUUUCUGAAACGUUCUCAGUUGUCAUGGCACCGCCUAAAAAGAGGGCGCUCCCCAAACCGCUCCCCGAGGGCUUCAUCCUGACCGACAGUGAGAAGAAGGAGUGGAGGCUGGGGACAAUGAUUGGUCAAGGUGGCUGCGGGCUGAUCUAUUUCGCCUCCAAUGAUGUGGACAGACCUGUUGCAGCGGACACUAGCUUUGUCAUAAAAGUGGAGUCUCAGGAGAAUGGCCCCCUGUUCUCGGAGCUCAAGUUCUACCAGAGGGCAGCCAAACCAGAGAACAUGCAAAAAUGGAGACGAAGCAGGAAACUGGACUUCCUGGGAAUCCCAACGUACUGGGGAUCAGGACUCGCUGAAUACAAUAAACUCAGGUAUCGUUUCAUGGCCAUGGACCGACUGGGCUGUGACCUUCAGAAAAUCUGCGAGCGCAGCAGAGGUCGACUGAAGAAGGCCACCGUUCUCCAACUUGGUCGAGGACUGGUGGAUGUACUGGAGUACAUUCAUGAGAACGAGUAUGUGCAUGCAGACAUUAAAGCUGCCAACCUCAUGCUUGGGUGCAGAGACCCUGAACAGGUCUAUCUGGCAGACUAUGGGCUGUCCUACAGAUACUGUCCAGAUGGAGUCCACAAAGAAUACAAGGAGAACCCCAAGAAGGGUCACAAUGGAACCAUCGAGUACACCAGCCUCGAUGCCCACAGAGGAGUUGCUCCUUCUAGACGUGGCGACCUCCAGAUUUUGGGUUUUUGUCUUCUUCACUGGUUGUGUGGGUCUCUGCCUUGGGAGAACGUGCUCAAGAACCCAACUCAGGUCCAGGAGGCCAAGGACAGACUGAUGGAGAAUCUGCCCGACUCAGUCCAGCAUCUGUCAGUGAGGGGAGCCGGCACAGGCGAGCUGGUCGCCUUCCUCAGCUGUGUGAAGACUCUGGACUACAAGGAUAAGCCAAACUACCCGCGUCUCAAACAGCUGUUGGCCAGCGACGUCACAGGAAGACUCGACUUCUCCGCACCGCGGGAGCCUGCGGGGGCGUCCACCGCCCAGCGACUAGACCCCCCCACCGGGGAGAAGACAGCAGGACGAGCCAGAGGGUCCUCCAGAGCCCAGGCUGUGGCCAAGCCUGGUGAUGAAGGUGAUGAAGAGGAGAAGGGGAAGGCCAAACCGGUGCAAGCUCGCUACAGAAGAGGCCCGGCCCUCCCGAAACCUCCAUCACUAGAGAAGGAAGACGGAGUGCCUGCUGUCAGCAGAUCAUUGAGGCCAAGACCUGCAGUGGCUUAUGGAGAAGAUGAGAGUGAGGAGGAGGAGGAGGAGGAAGAGGCGGCCAGGCCCAAACCCAUCCCUGCAUGCUAUCUGAGAGGCCCUCCGAUUGGCCCCAGAGCUCCACCCAAACAGAAAUCUAAAUGGAGCGGUGGGAAAUCUGACGUCCUCUCCGCGACCUCGGAGAGACGGGAACGACUCACAAAGCAAACGCACAACAGAGGGAGACGGGACGAAAGGACCCGCAAUGAGUACAACCAGAGGUCAGCGGCGUGGGAGCACCGCUUCCUGACCCCUCCGGCCCAGCGAGCGGACUACGGCUUUGGUGAACGGGAACAGGGAGCCGGUCCCCCGUGGAGCGGCGGACUGGCUUCCUGGUUAGUCUUGGUGGCCGUCUUCCUUUUCCUGGGGCUGGCGGUUUGCCAAAGCGCACUCUUCUAAUCCCGUCUCAGGCCUGCUGGGCCGCCAUCUUUACCGUAAUGGGCUGAAACAGAAGGAGGAUCCUCGGUUUCACUCUGCUCAUUAAAUGGAUUUCAAUAUGCC